AUGACAGACGUGGCCAAGAAAGGAAGGCAGACCGACACCACCGGCUGCUGCUCAGAGGAGGGAUUAGCGAGUAGGUGCUGCUUGGUGCCUAUCCGGCACUGGGGCCCCGACUCGACCCGGCCUGAGGAUUGGGACAACCUGAAGGCCAGGGGUGCUGUCAGGGACAGAAAGUCGAAGCGAUGA